CCAUCACUCCACAUUGUUGCCUAGCUAUUGUCAUUUCUUUGAUACUUCAACGUCAAUUAGGAGUAUCGUCUCACAUUCAAGAUUUCUCUACUUUCAUGCGACCAUGCCUUGCCUGUCAAUUGCCAGAGCUACCGUCUCGUUGAUAGUCCUUCAAGUCGCGAUCGUGCAUGCGCAGUCCGGGUACUUUCCUGACUGUCCUGCGGCAGUAGGCAUCGAGAAUGGGGACUUUGAUAGCGGGCAACUCGCCCCAUGGUCAACUCCGUCAGCAUAUACAGUGCACCCAACCAUCUCCGUUGUGUCCCCAGGUUACUACAGCGCAGAUGCACUGCAACUUGAGUUCCCAGCAGCCAAUGUGACAAGUUGGUACUUCUCACAGGAGGUGGGUCUCCAGUGUGAGGGCUCGCAGUACUCCACAUCAUUUAGCCUCAACUGGCUUAAUUUCUCCAUUCAAGGCGACCCUGACACCAACUUCUGCCAUUUGUCGGUUGCGUCCUCAUACUGUUUUCAGACGUCGCCGUAUUCAACUCCAUUUCCUGGCGAUUAUAAUGCAAGCAAUACUCCUGGCUGGCAAAACCAGUCUUACAUUUGCACGGCACAAAAGAGUGGCUACGCAACUUUCAACGUAAACAUCGGCUGCCUUGCAACUUACACCAUCCCAGCCUUUACAUGGCAAUUUACCAAUUUUGAUGUUCAUUUGGUAGGAAACUCAACGCCGGUUCAAUCAGCUCCACCAUUUCCAUUGACGUCCUCUUCAUCGACCCCAUUUCAAUCGAGAUCAACGCCUUCUCUGACGCCUACGCCUACACAACUGUCAAGUGCAUCAAGCUUCUCAUCGACCAUUAUAUCAAGCGCCACGGCGACUUCAUCGAACAUCCCAACGAGUUCAGGAACUAUCCCGACAAGCUCGAUCAAUAUCCUAACCUCAUCUAUGCUAACGAACAUGACAACUAUCCCAAUAAGCCCGACAGUUGUCUCUACGAGUGUUACCAAUGUGUUGACAACCUCGACAAAUCCAAAGACAAGUCCCACGACUCCAAGUCUAAGCGCCGCUGACAGACUAAGCCAAAGUUCCACCAUUUACUUCUUGCUAGGCUUGACGGGACUUAUCAUAUGGUCACAGCAUACGCCUAGAAUUCCCUUUUGCUAUGAAUCGCAUUUCAAUACUUUUUCAUAUCAAGCCACUCCUUAAGGAGCGCUUUCCUUCAGCAUCCCUCAAAAUGAAUCUCCGAACGUGCUAUAAUUUUCCUGUUGUGGGAGAAAGCUGAGUUGCGGAAUACGCAAGCGAGUUGAAUGGGGCGAACGGGAACAGGCUUUGUUUCCACGCCCAUGUCUGAAAAGGGGUUUAACUGUGGAAACGUAUCCUCCUGGAAUUAUUUCUUCAACGCAAUCCUUUGUUCAUCUCUUAUGAAUCUUGUUGUUGGAACUGCGGUACAGGAUGACUGGCUCAAUUCAUAUUUGUACCAAUCUAAUGAAACACAAUGCGCAAUUGAUAUUUCUGCAGCAAACGCCUCUCACAUGCUAUGCUUAUCUUGAACCUCAAGACGUUUCACUCCUGAAAGUCCACAUCAAAAUAACUUAGCAAAAAACU